AUGGCUACAAAAAGAGACCAUUUAAAGUCAGAAUUCAAAGGCAUUACUACAAAAGGGGCGAACGGGUCUCAUUCAAAUGUUAGAGAUCUAGCCGCUGCCUCUGUUGCUCAUAAUGAGUGUGAGAACGGCUCUAGCCAGAGCGAAGCCAUAGCGAUGCUGAAAAAUGUUGGAGCUGCUGCGGGAAUUGCCCGUUCAGUUGUUGCCAUGAAAGAGAACUCUGCCGAUCCCAAAUCGCUUCCAUCUUUCAUUACUUCCACAUCUCCGACUUCAAAGAAGAAAGUACUUAAUACGAAGCGUGCUGAGCAAAACAGAAAAGCACAGCAGGCAUUUCGCAGGAAGAGGGGGGAGCGAUUUCGAGAGUUGGAGAAAAAAGCACAACUUGUGGACCACUACCGAGAGAUCAUACAAAGUCUCAAGAAUGAAAUAGUGACUUUGAGAGAGUACACUUUAACUUUGCAAAGCAGGCUGAUUGAGCAUGGAGAUGGCUUGGUCGAGACAAGCAACAACUUACCGGCAGUUUUAUCUAGAGCGUACCUGGGAAAGCUAGAUAAUUUAGGCAAUUUGAAUGUCGACAAGGAUGACAAGCUGGGUGCAUAG